AUGAAUCCACCCAGCUCGUUUUCAGUUUCCAACGGAUGGACGAUUUCUGUCCAGGUCAGACCGGGUAUUGGGAAGCCGGUUACCGGUAUGAUAGGAUCAUGGGUAUUAACUAUUAAGGGGACAGGGGAAAGGAGUGGUGACUACAACCGGUUCAACAUCAAGAAAAGCAGAGGCGGUUACUUGAUUAAUCAUUCGGGCGCUAGUGAUAUCACAGUUCGUGAGUACCACCUCGGGGAAGAGUUCAUUUUCUAUCUGGACGUUGGUGGUACUGGCAGCCUUUUGUUGUGA